GUUGGAAAUUAGCUUCAUCUGCGCUGGCUGGAUGGAUGCAGCAACAUCUCUCAAAAAGAAGCUGGCUAUCCUCUUGAUUGUUGCAUUAAUCUUCAUUCUUCUAUUCAAUGUGAAUUUGCCAAACAACAACAACAAAUCCAUCCCAAAACCAUCUGGGCCUGCGGGUGUUUGCUCCUUGGGAGUAUCUGAGCAGACCAUCACCCCGCUCAAAAAUACCAAGCACUUACUGGUGUCAGCAUACGUGGACCAGAGAGUGAAGGAUUUGGAUAUACGCAUCAUAGGCAUAUUUAAGAGAGACUCCAUACAGCCCCUUCACUGUGUUUUUUGCUGCACAAAUGUUUUAAGUAAAACCACUCCAGCAACAAUUUUACAACAUUCUGAUCACUUUGGUUUUCCCUUCGCCACUACGGACGUCAUGUGUCAGAUUCCUCAGAACUGCAACGCUACACGUGUCACUCUCUUGACUACACCAGACAAAGAAAGUGCAUCUGACUCUACCUGGCUUCCUAUAAGAAACCAAAAGAGCGACAGGCAAAAGGAAGAAAACAUGAAGUUUGACUUCACAGUCUGCAUCUCUAAUCUGUUUGGCGACUACAACAAUGUGCUUCAGUUUGCAGAGACUCUGGAAAUGUACAGGUUGCUGGGUGUGAACAGAGUGGUGAUCUAUAACACCAGCUGUGGUCCAGAGCUCGACCGCCUGUUGCAGAAUUAUAGCCAGGAGGGCUUUGUGGAAAUGGUUCCUUGGCCCAUUGACAAGCAUCUGAAUCCAUCUCGUGGCUGGCUUCACUCAGAGCACGGAGGAGACGUGCACUACUUUGGCCAGCUGACCACACUUAAUGAGUGCAUUUACAGAUCAAUGGAGCGUUCCCGCUACGUCCUGUUGAAUGACAUUGAUGAGAUUAUAAUGCCAUACCAGCACGAUGACCUGAUGUCUUUGAUGAACACGCUCCAAAAUCAGAAUCCAAAUACAGGAAUAUUUCUCAUUGAGAACCAUACCUAUCCCAAGAAGCCUUUUAAUCAAAGUAAAUGGGGACCCCUGCCUCAAUGGAAUGGGGUGCCAGGCUUUGAUAUUUUGGUGCAUAUCUACAGAGAGGAGCCUAACAGAAAUAUUUACCAUCCACACAAGUUAAUAGUUCAGCCAAGAGCAGUGCAGCAGACCUCAGUGCAUGAUGUGCUUAUGAUGUCUGCAACAAAGUUCAAGGUUCCACCAGACGUCUGUCGGAUCAUUCACUCGCCAAUCAGGACUCCGACCGAUCCACCACUUGAUCGGCUUCAUGUGGACACUCGACUGUGGGACUUUAAAGACAAACUGCUCCCCAAUGUGAUCAAGGUGCUGCAGAGAGCAGAACUGCUGACAUCAGAGACACAAAACUGAUAGAUGAUGGACAGAAACACAAAUACUGAAGUUUUAGGAGAAAAAAACUGGUCAACAAAACACAGGCUGACCUACAGGGGUGGCAUAUGACAGCCUGAAAUAAUGUCUUUCCAUCCCAAGUCCACUCUAUUUUUGCUUAUCACAAUGCUGCAUAUUAAAAUUAGCCAGCAUUAACACUCUGAGUCUGGCUACAAGUAACAUUAAAUAUCAAUAUAAAUAUAAAGCAAACGGUUUUAUUUCUUGUUGUCAGUAGCGACCAAUGCUUAUGAUUGUGCCAGAGCACACAAUCAUAAGCAUUUUCAACACAUUGGCUAUUUUCCGAUUUCAACACAGGUGGUUGAUUGCUCCACUCUAGAACUGGAAUGAAGGCGAGUGUUAUUAACCCUCUGGGUGGACGGACAGCCACACCUUCAAAUCACAUGACCAAUUUAAGCUGACAUAGCUACAAGCUGCAGUCAUGCAUCUUCUAGCAUCAGGGUCUCUAUUUCAGCUUGUGUUGAAAGUCCAGACUUCAAACUAUAUGUCAGUUUUUACAUUUUAUUGAUAAGCCACUAACACCGGAGUUAUGAUAAGAAAAAAAAUUAAUUAAAUUUAAAAAAAAAAGAAUACUAUCGUCACGUUUUGUGUGAAAAGAAACGGUAACAACGGCAUUUGGACAGCGCAAAAAAGGG